UUUACAUUUACGAGUACUCGGAUCCGAGUUUCGCUUCUUAGACUAAAUUUCGGAAAUGUAAACGGUUACUCGGAGCUCGUAGCGACUUCGAUCCGAGAUCCGAGCCCGGAUCGAAGUAGAAUACAAAAUUACAAUCCGACUUGUACGAGAGCACCUGUUUCUCGAUAAUAUAAAAUGGCGGAACUAAAGUUUUCCAGCGAGCAAAUGGAACAAUUUAUUGAUCUUUAUAGAUCAUUUGAGUGUUUAUGGAACAUUAAAUGUACAGACUAUAGAGACAUCAACAAAAGGAACAACGCGUAUGAAGCUAUUGCCGAUAUUAUGAAUAUUUCAAUAGAAAACGUGAAGAAGAAAAUAAACAACAUUCGAUCGACGUAUUUGCAGGAAAAGAAAAAAGUUGAGUUACAAAAAGUACAGGGUCGGGCGCAGAGGAUAUUUAUAUUCCAAGCUUAUUUUGGUUUAGUAGUAUGGCCUUUUUGGAUGACGUUACAACAUCAAGGAAAACAGUGUGUACUCCAACUACAAAACAAUAUGUCAAAAAAUCAACAAAUAAAGAAUGUGAUAAUACUAUUACACCUAUUACACAAGGAACGUCACGCAGUACUAAUCCUCCUCGCAACAAAAAAGUUCGUAGACAGGAAACAGAUUCUGAAAGAGGUUUUGAAGAUGCCGUGAGUAGUUUGAGUGCGAUAUGUAAGGAGGAAUCAACAGAAUUUGACAAGUUUGGGGAGAGCAUAGCAGCGCAGCUAAAACAGUUUCCUUUGGAAGAUGCUGUAAAACUGCAAUUAGAAAUUCAGCAACUUAUAAGGCAAACCAGAUUACGAGUAAUUAACCGCCAUAAAACUUCGCCAGUUUCGAUAAAUACUUGCAACCCAGGAUUAACUGCAUGUAUGACAUCUCCAUUUUCCCCAGAUGACUAUAAUCCCUCACCAUCUUCUGUUAAUUCUUAUCACUCAGAUCAUACAGUGAAUGUUCUAACAUAAAUAAAAGAACUAAUGAUUCAAAUACCAUUUUUCUAGUAAUGUGUGGUGCUCAGAUUAUUGACCAGUCUAGUGAAGACACAGAUAUUUAAUAUUUUUGUAGAAACCUUAAUAAAAUUACUAC